UCCACACUCCAAAUUUAGUCAAACAAAGCUGUACAAAGUACGCGUGAAUCCGGUCAUCGUCCAGGUGAAUCCCCUCUUUCCGCCCACCAUCUUACUCCCCAAUCACACUCUCUUCUAUAAAUCUCAUCUUCAUCUCCCCACUCACACACCACAAUUACAAUCAUGUCAACUUGUAUCGAUAAAACAAUCACCAUCAGAGAAGUAUGGUCUCACAACUUACACUCCGAGUUCCACCUCAUCCGAUCCAUCAUCGACACACACCCCUUCAUCUCCAUGGACACAGAGUUCCCCGGCGUCGUUUACCGCCACUCUCCACCCGCCGGAAAAUCACACACCCACCACCCGCCGGAACAAAACUACAAACUUCUCAAGUCAAACGUCGACGUUUUAAACAUCAUCCAGCUCGGUCUCACCCUCUCCGAUGCCUCCGGCAACCUCCCACAUGACACCACCGGUCAACGCUUCAUCUGGCAGUUCAAUUUUAAAGAUUUUGAUGUCGCGCGUGACCCCCACGCGCCGGAGUCGAUCGAGUUGUUGAGACGUCAAGAGAUUGACUUUGAACGGAACCGAGUUGAGGGGGUUGACUCGGGUGAGUUUGGUGAGUUGAUGAUGUCAUCCGGGUUGGUGUGUAGUGACUCGGUGAGUUGGGUGACGUUUCACAGCGCGUAUGAUUUUGGGUAUUUGUUGAAGAUUCUCACGCGACGUCAGUUGCCGGAUGGUUUGCCGGAGUUUUUGGGGAUUUUGAGGUUGUUUUUUGGGGAUAGUGUGUAUGAUGUGAAGCAUUUGAUGAAGUUUUGUCGGACCGGGUUGUACGGUGGGUUGGACCGGGUGGCGAGUUUGUUGGAAGUGAACCGGGUUGCUGGGAAGUGUCAUCAGGCCGGUUCGGAUAGCUUGCUGACGUUGCAUGCUUUUCAAAAGAUGAGAGAUGUGUAUUUUGUGGAUGUUGGGUUGGAAAUGUAUGCCGGUGUAUUGUAUGGUUUAGAAGCUUACUAAAAAACUAAAAUUGUCUUAGGGUUAAAUUCGUAAAUUACUAAUUAUAAUUUAAUUCAUUUUUAUUCAAAUGAAUGUGCUAAUGUCAAGUUUCAACA